AACUUAUUUACAAUUUUAAUAGGAAUGAAAAUGGCUUCUGACAACUUGGCAAUAGGAAUUUUCCUCUUUUCCCAGAUUACAGUAGGAGUGCUUGGAAAUUCCUCAAUACUAUUUUAUUAUCUCAUUUUGAUAGUCACUGGAAAGCAUUUAAUGCCAAAAGAUCUGAUUAUACAGCACUUGACGUUCGCCAACUGCUUGUCUAUCAUCUUAAGAGGCAUUCCACGGACAAUGUCAGAUUUUGGAUUUAAGUAUUUUCUAGAUGAUGUUGGAUGUAAAUUGAUAGUGUAUAUUUACCGCAUAACAAGGGGGAUGUCCCUGUAUGCCAUGUGCCUACUAAGUUGCUUCCAAGUGAUCACAAUCAACCCCAGCAACUCCAGGUGGAUGACUCUUAAACACAGAGUGACCAAGUACAUUGGUCCCUCCUGCUCACUAGGCUGGCUUAAACAUCUAAAAAAAAACAUCUUGACUCCAACUAGAGUGUCAGGCCCUAUUUACAACAACAAAAAUGCAACUAGCAGGAUGAAUUAUGGGUACUGCUCAUGGUUUGCUUCUGGCAAUGUGGCUAUAGUACUUUAUAUGUUCUUACUGUGCUUCUCUGAUGGCCUGUGUCUGGAUCUCAUGGCCUGCUCAAGUGUCUCCAUGGUGAGCCUCCUCUACAGACAUAAAAGACAAGUCAAGCAUAUUCACAGUUCUCAACACUUUCUAAAAAUCUCACCUGAGGACAGAGCCACCCAAACUAUUCUCACCCUAGUCUGCAUAUUUGUCAUCUCUUAUUCAUUCUCAUCCAUUGUGGUCAUCUUCACAAACUACUCCAAAGGUUCUGUUCCAUGGGGUGUAAGUGUAUUUCUAUUUCUAGAAGUAUGCUUUCCAAUAGUUUGCCCCUUUGUUCUUAUCAGCAAUAUCAAGUCUAGUUCCAGCAUAUUUUUACCCUGCUGUGUUAAGAGAAAGCUUCUCCCAAGUUUGACAUGA